UUUUAUUGCAAAACAAACAUAAAAAUAGAUAACGCGCCAUAUAUAUUCGUAAAUUAGAAUUAAAAACACGAAUUUUAAGACAUUUCCCGUGAAAAUUGGUGCAAUUUUCGCUCUCCUGAACAUUUACCUUMUAAAUUAAUUAAAUUUCAUUAUAUAUAUUUAAAUACAUUCAUCUGAUAACCGAUUUUUUCAAACACAUUUGUUUACUCAUCAGCUGUUUCUUGUCUUGUUAUUUGCGUGCGGUCGAUCUGUGGGACACCUUUUUGUUUAUUUGCUUGUGGUACUUUUCAUUWUAAUGGCUAAAAGAGCUGCCGGUUUGGUGAUAUUUCGUAAAAUUGGCGAAAAGAUUGAAUAUUUGUUGUUGCGCGCGUCUUACGGUGAUUUUCAUUGGAGUUCACCGAAAGGGCACGUCGAUCCGGGCGAAGAUGAUUUUACGACAGCUUUGCGAGAGACCAAAGARGAGGCUGGGUAUUGCGAGGAAGACUUAAUUAUAUUUAAGGAUAAACCAAAGAUAUUGAAUUACAAUGUAAAGGGAAAAUCGAAAGUGGUUAUUUAUUGGUUAGCGCAAUUAAAAGACUCUAGCAAGGAACCAAUAUUAUCUGAUGAACAUACUGAAAUGAAAUGGUUAACAAAAGACGCUGCAAAAGAAAUUGUUGGCUAUAAGGAUAAUCAGCAAAUGAUUGACGAAUUCCACGAAUWCAUUCUUAGUUCUUCGUAAAUGAUUUUCAUUAAUUUCUUUUUGUUCCAUACAUAUUUAGAAACAUAUAAUGUAUCGGAAAGUGGUUAAUUGAUAUAUUACUUAUCUAACUUAAUCCCGUUUUCUCAAUAUCUAGUUAAUGUUAUCCUUAACCGCUGGUGGCUAACAGGAUGCUAGCUUUAACUGAUAGAACCGUUUUUAUUGAUUUGUGGUUAGCUUAUCUACAGAUAAUUYGAUUAUUGUGACAGACAAUGAAAGAAUAACCCUUAAAAUAUUGCAAUCAUUGCCUGUUCACCCGUAAGAAUGACCCUAAAAAUAUUAAGUUCAUUGCCUGUUCAAUAAAAUAUUUCGAUAGGUAAAUCCUUGGAAAUAAUUAGGCAAA